AUGUACGAAUUAUACGCUCGUCGACCGGCGAGUUUCGAUGACUGCACCGAUAUCACCGCCCUCUGUCCUGUCAGCGCAACUGUCCUCGGUUAUGUUCCCAACAAAGGAUCCAGUUACUUCUUUACAAUCUGUUUUGCGAUUCUGUUCCUAUCCUCUGUAGGAUUGGGUGUUUGGAAGAAGACAUGGACAUAUGCUGCGACUCUGGGAGCUGGUUUAUUGCUAGAGACAAUUGGGUAUAUCGGCCGUAUUCAGAUGGACCCUAACCCAUGGAACUCGUCAGCCUUCCAGACCCAAAUCUGCUGCAUCAUCAUCGCCCCGACCUUCAUCUGCGCCGCCAUCUACCUCACCCUCAAGCACGUCGCCCUCGCCCUCAACCCAGAUCUCUCACGAGUUCAUCCUCGUUGGUAUCCGCGCAUCUUCCUCCCAGCCGAUCUCUCAUGCCUCAUCAUCCAAGCUAUCGGCGGUGGUGUCGCAGCAGCAGCAAAGCGCAACCAGCCCGACCUCGCUAGGAACGGUAACAGGACCAUCAUCGCCGGUGUCGUCCUCCAGGUCAUCGUGCUCCUCGCCUUUGGAGCCAUGGGCACUGAUUACUACUUACGUGUGAAGAAGUACCUCCACAGCUCAGAGGCUGCCCCUGAGUCGCUGCGAGUCUGGCAGGAUAAGAAGUUCCGCAUGUUUGGCUUUGCUGUUUCAGGCGCCUAUUUCGCCAUUCUCACUCGUUGCAUUUACCGAAUUGCCGAAAUGGCCGGUGGUUGGGGCAAUCAUAUUAUGCAGGAUGAGCCUAGCUUCCUCGUCCUCGACAGCUCCCUUGUUCUCAUCACUGGCUUCCUACUGACGGCCUUUCAUCCUGGGAUUUUCUUCCCUCAGAUGGCUGUCACUAUGCAGCGCACUAAGAAGACCGAGGCUGAGACACCUGCUGAAUCUUCCAGCGAGGAACGAAAAGUCGAAAACUCCCAGACUGCUUAG